CAUUGCAUCGGCCUCUAAGGAAGCUCCCAUGAGCGUUGAAAUCGGCGGAUGUAACUAGCCAGCUUCCUUGUCAUAACCCGCUGUCGCCAGUCUCUGUCGAAAUGGCCUAUAUAGCCCCGAUCCAUCGUCCGAGCAGCAAAGGCCAACCGACUAGAGAUAUGGCGACUCUCGGAUGGCGUGCUCACGUUGACUUCCUCAAAGGUGGUCAACGGCACUAUCUCAAUUCUCCAGAAGCUCCGACCCAAGGAUUCCAGGACCGACCUCCUUUUCGUCGGCACCGACCGGUUCGAGUACUUUACGCUAGCGUGGAACCCGAAUACGACACAAUUAGACACAAUAGACCCGUUCAAAGACCCCGGCGAGCGCCACAUGCGAGACUCGCAGAGCCAGGACCGGUGCCUGGUGGACCCGACCGGACGGUUUCUGGCCAUGCAUCUGUGGGAGGGGGUGUUGACCAUGAUGAGACUGGGAGACAGGAAAAACAAGAUGGUGCUCACCUGGAUGGAUCAGGUCCGCCUGUCUGAGCUGUUUAUCAGAGCGAGCACCUUUCUCUACACCGAGACAGGGCAUCCGAAGAUUGCCUUCCUCUACCAGAGCAGGGCAGAUUCCGGCGAUGCGAAGUUGGCAACCUACCGAAUGACUGCCGACGACCGAAAUACAGAGGCAUCCAAGUUCAAUCCCGAACGAGAUCGAGAAAUCGACAUGGACGUGCCCGACUCGAGUGCGUCCAUGCUGAUCCCGGUGCGAAAAGUGGAAGAGGGGGUCAAGCGGCACAACGUGCGGAAUGUCGAAUCGGCCAAGGCGCACAUCGGCGGUCUCGUCGUGGUGGGCGAGACAAGGCUGCUCUACAUCGACGAGGUUACAAAGGUGACGGUGCAGUCGGCUCUCAAGGAGGCAUCCAUCUUCGUGGCUUGGGCCGAGUACAAUGCGGUGAACUACUUCUUGGCUGAUGAUUAUGGGAACCUGCACCUUCUCACCUUGGUUACGGAGAACGCGGAUAGCGUCGUGGUAACGAGCCUGGACGUCAACUGGAUCGGGAAGACGUCGCGUGCUAGCCAUUUGGUGUAUCUCGGUAACGACCUCCUGUUUGUUGGUUCGCACUACGGCGACAGCCAAUUGUUCCGUCUUGAUCUCCAAAAUGAGGACCCAAAAGCCCUUCUGCAGCUUGUCCAGACGCUUCACAAUAUUGGCCCCAUUCUGGACUUCGCCAUCAUGGAUAUGGGCAACAGGGGCGACGAAGGCCAGCUGGGGAACGAGUACUCGUCCGGCCAGGCUCGCAUCGUUACCUGUAGCGGCGUGCAUAAGGACGGGUCGCUUCGGAGCGUUCGAAGCGGCGUCGGUCUGGAAGACGUUGGCAUCCUCGCCGAUCUGGAGCAUUGCCGCGGACUCUUCUCCCUGAAGAGCUAUGGGGCCCCAAAGACGGACAUAUUGGCUGUGUCAUUCUUGACCGAGACACGGGUAUUCAAGUUUGAUGCACAAGGCGAUGUCGAGGAGCUCGAGUCAUUUGCGGGAUUGGCUUUCGACCAGCAAACCCUCCUAGCCACAGAUCUCCAAGGCGGGCGACUUUUGCAGGUGACUCCAGCCGCCGCCACCGUCCUCGAUACCGAAAGCGGUCUCACCGUUGCGUCGUGGAAGCCCGGCGAUCAGAGAAGCAUCAUCAACGCGUCAGCGAACUCCAAAUCUCUCCUGCUGUCUGUAGACGGCACUGAGCUUGUGUCCUUGAGCAUUAGCGAUGACUUGCAGGUCGUCCGGACAAGGGAUAUCAGCAAGCAGGAUCAAAUAGCCUGCAUCCACGUGCCCGCACAGCCGGACAACGUCGGCGUCGUCGGCUUCUGGUCAUCCGGUACCGUUUCCAUUAUCGACCUGCACACUCUCGAGCCAAUACACGGAGAGUCGCUCCGCACUUCUCAGGACGACGCAUCUAUUCCUCGCGACCUUGCCCUCGUUCAGAUCCUGCCGCCUGGGGUGUCCGGGCCGACAUUAUUCGUCGCAAUGCAAGACGGCAACGUUGUGACCUUCAACAUCACCAAGGACCUUGCCCUCUCCGGCCGAAAGCGCGUCAUCCUCGGCAUGCGCCAAGCUCGACUUCACUUGCUUCCACAGCCCGACGGCAUCUAUAGCAUCUUCGCCACGACCGAGCACCCCAGCCUCAUCUACGGCUCCGAAGGUCGCAUAGUCUACUCGGCGGUGACAGCCGAGGAAGCUACCUACAUCUGCCCCUUCGACGCGCAAGCCUUCCCGGAGUGCAUCGCCCUCGCAACCGACAAGCAGCUCAAGAUCUGUCAUAUCGACCGCGAGCGCCGCACACACGUAAAGCCGUUGGCCAUGAACGAGAUGGUCCGGCGCAUCGCCUACUCCCCCAAGGAGAAAGUCUUCGGCCUCGGCUGCAUCAAGCGCGAGCUCGUGGCGGGCGAGGAGGUUGUUCAGUCGUCGUUCAAACUCGUCGACGAGGUCAUCUUCGACCGCGUAGGCCGCUCCUUCCCGCUCGGAGCCCCGUCUUACACGGAGCUCGUCGAGUGUGUCGUGCGCGCCGAGCUGCGCGACUCGUACGGCAACCCGGCCGAGCGCUUCAUCGUCGGUACCAGCUUCCUCCCGGACCCGGACUACGGCCCGGGUACCGACGUCCGCGGGCGGAUGCUGUUCUUUGGCGUGGACGCCGACCGCAACCCGUACCUCAUCCUGAGCCACGAGCUCAAGGGCGCCUGCCGGUGCGUGGCGGUCAUGGAGGACGGGACGAUCGUCGCCGGCCUGACCAAGACGGUCGUCGUGUGCCGCUACGAGGAGACAUCGAGCACGACGGGCGAGCUCACCCGCCUGGCCUCGUACCGUCCCUCGAGCUACCCGGCCGAGAUCUGCGUGCGCGGAAACACGAUCGCCGUCGCGGACCUUAUGAAAUCGGUCUCGCUGGUCGAGUACGUUCCGGGGGACGGCACCCCGCGGCUGGUCGAGCGGGCGCGGCAUUUCGGGAGCGUGUGGGCUACCGCCGUGGGCUUUGUGCGGGAGGGGAGCUGGCUGGAAGCGGACGCGCAGGGAAACCUGAUGGUGCUGAGGCGGAACGUGGAGGGAGUCACGGCGGAGGAUCGGCGGCGGAUGGAGAUCACGAGCGAGAUGAACCUGGGGGAGAUGGUGAAUCGCAUCCGGGAGGUAGAGGUGGAGACAACGCCGGGGGCUCUGGUUGUUCCGAGAGCGUUCCUGGGGACGGUGGAGGGAGGCAUCUACAUGUUCGGAACGGUUGCGCCCCACGUGCAGGAUUUGCUGCUGCGAUUCCAAGGAAAACUGGCCGACGUCCUCAAAACGGCCGGGGACAUCCCGUUCAGGUCCUACAGGGCGUUCAGAAAUGCUGAGCGGGAAGGCGAUGGCCCGUUCCGAUUCUUGGAUGGGGAGUUGUUGGAAAGAUUCUUGGACGUGGAUGAAGCCACUCAGGAGAUAAUCUGCAAGGGGCUAGGUCCAUCGGUCGAGGAUAUGCGGAAUAUGGUGGAGGAACUGCGGCGGAUGCAUUGAUGGGCGUGAUCAAGCGGGUUGCCUCUUAUGUUUCGAAGCUAAAAAAGAGCUU